ACGGCUCCCCGGCCGUCGUGCGCUAGCUGGGUGUCGUGCCCACCUGGGGAGUCCUGUGGCACUAAAAGGAACGCCCCCGGCUCCGGGAAGCGGGCGGGAGACUCUUCCUGCGUCCAGAUGCGCCCUCAGCGCCAGGCGGGACCCCUCUGCCGCCCCCGGGGCUGCGUCGGGGCGUGGGAUGGGUUAGCAAGUCGCUUCACUUUGCUUUACCGGUGGAAACGGGAGUAAAGAUCCCUUUAUACAGUUUCAAGAGGAGCGCUCGGUGAAGAGUGUCACAUACAGCGUUAACCAUGGAGGACUCACUAACGUUAGGGACCUCGCUGUUCAGGCGCGAGGUCUCCAUUCAGCAGAUGCUUAUGAGCACCUGCUUCCUGUCAGCAUCGUCCCACGUGCAGGGAGCAGAGCGAGACUAAGACAGGAGCCCUGCUUGCAUGGAGCUUCUGUUCUGGUUGGCCAGUAAACAGUAAACCCAUCUUUUAACCACCGCUCAAAUCGAGAAAGAGAACAUUUGCAGCAUCUUAGACCUGCCUGGAGACCUCUUCCAGCACCACCCCUCUUUCCUCCCCAAGGCUACUUCUUCAUAGACAUAAAAAAAAAAUUCAAUAUUUAACUGUUUGGAAACGAAGCAUCACUUGAAAUCCUCUCCAACUCCUAACGCCAAAGAAUUGAUAACAUUCCUCUGAUCAAGAAGUGACUGACUGCGUGUUAAAAGUAUUGUGGCAUUGGUCCUGUUUUUCUCCCUCCCUAAAUUUGAAGAAGAAAUAUGGAGAAAUGGUACUUGAUGACAGCUGUGGUCUUACUAGGACUAACAGUACGGUGGACAGUUUCUCUUAAUUCUUACUCAGGUGCUGGAAAACCGCCUAUGUUUGGUGAUUAUGAAGCUCAGAGACACUGGCAAGAAAUUACUUUUAACUUACCCAUCAAACAAUGGUAUUUUAACAGCAGUGAUAACAAUUUACAGUACUGGGGACUGGAUUACCCACCUCUUACAGCUUAUCACAGCCUUUUAUGUGCAUAUGUGGCCCAGUUUAUCAAUCCAGACUGGAUUGCUCUCCAUUCGUCCCGUGGCUACGAGAGUCAGGCGCAUAAGCUCUUCAUGCGCGCCACAGUGUUAAUUGCUGACUUGCUGAUUUACAUACCUGCAGUGGUUCUGCACUGUUGUUGUUUAAAAGAAAUCUCAACCAAGAAAAAGAUUGCUAAUGCGUUAUGCAUAUUGCUGUAUCCAGGCCUCAUUCUUAUCGACUAUGGACAUUUUCAGUAUAACUCUGUGAGCCUUGGUUUGGCUCUGUGGGGCGUUCUUGGAGUGUCCUGUGACUGGGACCUGCUGGGGUCCCUGGCCUUCUGCUUGGCUGUAAAUUAUAAACAGAUGGAACUUUACCACUCCUUGCCAUUUUUUUGCUUUUUACUUGGCAAGUGCUUUAAAAAAGGCCUCAAAGGAAAGGGGUUCGUUCUGUUCGUUAAGCUGGCAGGCACCGUGGUGGCUUCCUUCACCCUCUGCUGGCUGCCGUUCUUCACAGAGAGGGCCCAGGCCCUGCAGGUUCUGAGAAGACUCUUUCCAGUCGAUCGUGGAUUGUUCGAGGAUAAAGUUGCCAAUAUUUGGUGCAGCGUCAGUGUCUUCCUGAAGAUCAAGGACAUUCUGCCACAUCACGUCCAGAUCAUAGUCAGCUUUUGUCUUACAUUGUUGAGCCUGCUUCCCGCAUGUGUAAAACUGACGCUUCAGCCCUCCCCAAAAGGAUUCAGAUUUACUCUGGUUAGCUGUGCACUGUCAUUCUUUUUAUUUUCUUUCCAAGUACACGAAAAGUCCAUUCUCUUGGUAUCAUUACCAGUCUGCCUAGUUUUAAGUGAAAUUCCUUUUAUGUCUACUUGGUUUUUGCUUGUGUCAACAUUUAGUAUGCUGCCGCUUCUCUUGAAGGAUGACCUGCUAAUGCCCUCAGUGGUGACAACGAUGGCAUUUUUUAUAGCUUGUGCAACUUCCUUUUCAAUAUUUGAAAAGACUUCCGAAGAAGAGCUGCGCUUGAAGUCCUUUUCCGUGUCUGUUAGGAAGCAUCUCCCACGCUUUACAUUUCUUCCCAGAAUUAUACAACAUUUGUUUAUCAUCUCAGUAAUCACUAUGGUCCUUUUGACCCUGAUGACUGUCACACUGGAUCCUCCUCAGAAACUGCCGGACUUAUUUUCUGUACUGGUGAGUUCGGUGUCCUGCUUGAACUUCCUGUUCUUCUUGGUCUACUUUAACAUUAUAGUCAUGUGGGAUUCCAAAGAUGGAAGAAAUCAGAAGAAAAUCCACUAGCUCUGUCCGCAAAUGUGAAAACGUUAACAGUGCUAAAAGGUUUUGUGAACUUUUGCUGUGUGUAAAUCAUCAUUUUGAGAAUCAUGGACUUAUAUAAGAGAUGGUGACAAGUCACUGUUGCCUAUGCAAAAUAAAUGUAUAUGGGACCAAAGCCAAGGGAGACUUUUAUUUCUAUUGAGUGGUCAAGAGAUAUUGUCAUUUUAUUAAUAUUCACAGUUAUUCAAGUGCGAAAAUAAGAGAAAAAUGUCCUUAAUACAGUGUUUACUUAGGAAAUAUACUCUAAGUUGUUGUCUUGAAAAAAACCUGCAAAUACAGUGAGCUUACUGGGAGAAUUUAGCUCUGUCUUUUUAAAGAAGAUCACUAAUUUUGGUAUUCAAAUUUGGUUUUCCCUACAUUUUAGAAUGCAAGAAAUGUGUACUUCAUUCUUUAGCUACUGUAUCUCAGGGAUUAAAUUUGUGAUAAUCUUUUUAAUUACUGCGAAGGCAAUUUAAACCACGUAAGUUUGAACAUGCCUUAUUACAUGUGCAAAUUUGAGUUUCUUUUUAACAAGGCAGAGAGAUUAAACUAUGUUCUUAUUUAUUUCCAAGAAUCCUGAUUUACUUGAAUGCAAUUAAACAAUGAAUUUUCCUGAAUUUAAAUCUGAAUAGUUUGAAUGAAGUCUUCUUCCUUACUCAUGAUCACUCCUUCUAAACUUCCAGGAUCGUCCUGUUAGAUGGCUUUAUGCAGGAUUUCAUCCUUCUGUUCUUUUGUGUUAUGACCUGGUUCAAAGUUGCCAUUGAGUCAUGUCAUGCUCCAUGUUAACUUGGCCCUAUGGAUACUGUAUCGCUCUGUAUUCACACAAGCCCAUCUUUACUAUAGUAUUCAAUGGGUAAAAAUGAUGUAUUAUAUCCACGUUGUAUUUUUUCAUGUACUGUUUAUUUAGUCUCUGUAAUAAAAAUAAAACAUUUUCCCAUCAA